GAAUCGCCUCGUCACAUAGUAGGUAGUAGUGCCGAGUGGCCCCAGUCUCUCUCCCCUCAGCCCCAUCACUGCAGCCGGUUCCUCGGGCAAGAUGUCUUCGGCCACAUCGACUUGCAAGGUGGCCGUCUUUUCUGCCAAAGGUGGACCUUGCCUCCCCUCACCUCACCUUCCCUCGAAGUUCUCACUUACCCAAUGAUCCGACUGUCCCCCAUCUCUGACUUAACGUCUUUCUGCUCUCUACUGUUGCAGCGUAUGACAAUGCGUCGUUCACUCAGCAACUGAGCCUCCUCGGCCACAAGAUCGAAUUGGAGUUCUUCGAACCACGCCUCACGCCCGUCAGCCACACCAAUGGAUCGAGGGAACACAGACAAACAAGCAGGUGUGUCCGUAUCUGUGUGUGUGUGCAGGCCACUGUAGGUCUUGCGAAGGGCUUCAAUGUGGUGUGUGUUUUCAUCAACGACACGGUCAAUGAGGAGGUGCUCAAAGAGCUGGACAAGCUGGGAAUCCGUCAGGUGGCCCUCAGAUGUGCCGGCUUCAACAACGUCGACUGUACGCACAAUCUGCACAGCAUCGCUGAGGCACUCGCUGACUCAAGGCGAUGUCUCUCUUGUUGCCUCUCUCUAUAUUGUGUGUCCAGUGGUAGCGGCUGAGAAGUGGAAGAUAACAGUGUGUCGAGUGCCGGCCUACUCGCCCUACGCCGUGGCCGAGCACGCCGUCGGACUCGUAGGCAUAUCACUUUGCAAACGCAGUGGUCACAUUUUGACAGUCUCGGUCUGCUCUUACAGAUGAUUUGCCUCAACAGAAAUCUCCACAGAGCAUUUUCCCGUAAGCCCCCCAAGCGGAACACAAUACUUCGCGGACCCUCUCCCUUACUGUGUGUAUGCCUGUGUGUCCCUGUGUGAUGCCUUUAAGGUGUCCGUGAUGGCAACUUCUCGAUCAACGGUCUGCUGGGGAUGGAUUUCCACGGCAAGACGUUCGGCUUCAUCGGGACGGGCAAAAUCGGGUUCCUCACCGCCCGCAUCUGCAGCGGAUUCGGAUGCACCAUACUCGGUACACACGCAAUGCAGCCCAGCAGUGGGUCCAUCCGCCAAUAUGUGUGUGUGUGUGUGGGUGUGUGCAGGGUGUGAUCCGUACAAGAAUGCCGACUUUGAGAAGCUGGGCGGCAAGUACGUCGAGAUGGACGAGCUGCUGGCGACGUCGGACGUUAUCUCACUGCACUGCCCCCUCACGCCCGAGAGUCACCAUUUGAUCAACGAAAAGACCAUUGCCAAACUGAAACCAGGGGCCGUCAUCGUCAAUACGUCACGAGGUGCGGCAGACAAAUCCACAUGGAAAAAGACAGACCGACAGCUUUGUUGUCCUUCCUUGUUCGCUAUAUCAGGUCCCCUGAUCCACAGCAAAGACAUUAUCAAAGGACUCAAGUCGGGAAAGGUCCGCUGCGUGUGGAUUCUCUCAGACGUGUCUCACUUAGCCCAUGUCUCUGUCACUCCCCUCUCUCUGUGUGUAGGUCGGCGGUUUGGCGAUUGACGUGUACGAGGACGAGGCGGACAUUUUCUUCGAAGAUCUGUCCAGCGAGGUGCUCCAGGACGACACCAUUGCCCGGCUGCUCACAUUUCCCAACGUCAUGAUCACUGCGCACCAGGUGGGUGUCACUGACUGCAGACCAGAACCCCUUGCCAUACACACAGAGACACAGAGACACCGACGGCAAGUCUGUCUGCCUGUUUGUGUGUGCGCGUAGGCAUUCUUCACCAAGGAGGCUCUUGAGGCGAUAGCCAAGGUGACGAUCGGCAACAUCGCCUCGUUCGACGGCCAGACGAGCGACGAUUCGUGGAAGCAGAACCAGGUCAAGAACCAGACGCACCGCCGACCCUCAAAGGGGGCCAUCGACCCCAAGGAAACACACAUGGGCCAUGCACAGCCCGCCGCUAAGUGAGCUGUAGAGUCAAGUAGUAGACUGCACUAUACACGUACUUACUGCACUGGACUGAAUGCGUCUGCAAAAGGCGGACUUUGAUUCAUUAGUGCACACAGACACGAAUUCCUUGAUUAGAUGCGCACAUUCAGACACGUGGGGAUGGAGGGUUGGGUGAGAGGGGGUUUUUGCUGUGUUGGGGGAUUUUGAUGCUUGGGGGGGUCGAUGAUGAUGAAGGGACGUGCAGAAAGGCCGUGGUAAUGUUUGCACAGUAAUUUCUGUGGUCAUUACAUGGGGAGGGGGAGACACACACACACACAGAGAGAGAGAGAGAGAGAGAGACAACAGUAGACUGGCGCCGAAUGUUCGAUAGUCUGUCUUCGUCGAGAGAGACCGUUUUGUCAUUCAAGCACCGCGGAGGUGCACUGAGUCACAUAUUAUGUCUCCCAUUCGAAUUCAUUCACACAAG